AUGACGCCCCGGUCGACUUCAGAUAGGAUAGGGACUGCCCAGUCCCGAUCAACUACAGUUCCGGCUGCCGUGACUUCACUGUCUAGUGCUCAUUCGAGAUCGUUGUCGUCUACCAAACCCGUUCCCUCCAUACCGCCCAACCUCUUACCAUCGGCCCCAGCCUCGCCUCCUACGCCUGCUCCAAGCCCUACACCUCAUCAGAGACCUCCAACAUGGCAGUCAGCCGAUGAGGAUGAGGACACCUUCCUGUUGAAUGCUCGAAUACACUUCAGUUCUCUCACGAAUGUCAAACGCCAGCGAUUCUUGGAAGGAAUCUUGGGUCUAUGCGACAGCCAGCAGCUCAGCUUCGUCUCCAGUUAUGUUGCGCCUCUCCUGAGAAAGGACCCGUUUCAGGUGUUUCCAAAUGAGUUAUGUCUAAGGGUCCUUUCGUUCAUCGAUGACCCGAAAACACUAGCAAGAGCAUCUCAGGUAUCUCGGCGGUGGCGUGAACUGUUGAGCGACGAUAUUACAUGGAAAAAUCUUUGCGAGAAGCAUGCCUAUGCUCAGAGGAGACCUUCAUGGGAUGACCGGGAUUUUGUCGACCCGUUCCACACCCAGUCUUACCAGCACUCAACUUCCCUUAGCCUGAGUGCUGCCCGAAGGACCUCGUUCACCGCCGCCCUGCAGGCCCGUGAUGGGUCCACAGGCUUGCCACGAUCUUUCUCGGGUGAUUGGCUUUCAUCGACAAGUGCAUUCUCGAAAAAGCGGCGAGCACGCCCCCGGUCCUAUCGGUCUCAUUUCAAACAAAAAUACAUGGUGGAAUCCGCGUGGAACAAAGGCGGGCGGUGCACCCAACGACAUAUCACCCCUGACCAAGGUGUGGUCACCAGUCUGCAUUUAACUCCGAAGUACAUUGUCGUUGCGCUGGAUAAUGCCAAGAUCCAUGUGUACGAUACGAAUGGAGAUAACCAACGGACGUUACAAGGUCAUGUGAUGGGGGUCUGGGCCAUGGUUCCGUGGGAUGAUAUCCUUGUUAGUGGUGGUUGCGAUCGCGAGGUGCGGGUAUGGAACAUGGCUACAGGGGCCGGAAUCCAUCUUCUUCGUGGGCAUACGUCGACUGUGCGUUGCCUGAAAAUGUCCGAUAAGAAUACCGCUAUCUCCGGGUCUAGAGAUACUACCCUCCGUAUCUGGGACUUGACGACCGGUACCUGUAGAAAUGUCCUGGCAGGUCAUCAGGCGAGCGUCCGGUGUCUGGCUAUACAUGGGGAUUUGGUGGUUUCGGGAAGCUAUGACACCACCGCGCGGAUUUGGAGUAUUUCCGAAGGACGAUGCUUGCGAACUCUGUCCGGCCAUUUUAGCCAGAUUUAUGCCAUCGCGUUUGACGGGAAGCGCAUUGCCACAGGCAGUCUAGACACAAGUGUUCGCAUCUGGGACCCGAAGUCUGGCCAAUGCCACGCAAUUCUUCAGGGUCAUACCUCUCUGGUCGGACAACUGCAGAUGCGCGGGGAUACGCUGGUGACUGGCGGUUCCGAUGGUUCGGUGCGCGUCUGGUCCCUCACCAAGAUGGCUCCAAUCCAUCGGCUAGCAGCCCACGAUAACAGCGUAACCAGUCUCCAAUUCGACAGUUCGCGUAUCGUUAGUGGCGGUAGUGAUGGCCGUGUCAAGGUAUGGAGCCUACAGACCGGUCAGCUACUCCGUGAGCUAUCCACGCCUGCAGAAGCCGUCUGGAGGGUUGCAUUUGAAGAAGAAAAAGCUGUCAUCAUGGCUAGCCGAUCGGGUCGCACAGUCAUGGAGGUCUGGACUUUCUCACCGCCCCCGGAAGAAAGUAUGGAUGAUAGCAUACUCGAGAGCAGCACGAUGGCCUCUGAGGACUAUGCCACGCAGAGUGAAAAUCGGCAUCGAGCUCUUUACUCUGAUCCUCCUCCGUCUCUACCAUCGAACAACGACGAUGACCACGCCAUGGCGGAUGCCUAG